AUGACCGAUUUUUUAAACGGUGCAGCAUCUGUCGAUGGUGUGAGAUCACACUGUGACCUUGCCUUCCCCCUGCUCUCUCUGCAGUACGUGUUUGAUUACCACGAAGGUGACGUGUUUGGCUGUGUGGCCGACAUUGGGUGGAUAACUGGCCACAGUUACGUCGUGUAUGGCCCGCUGUGCAAUGGAGGAACCAGUGUUUUGUUUGAGAGCACUCCUGUCUACCCUAACCCAGGCCGCUACUGGGAGAUGGUGGAAAGGCUGAAGAUCAACCAGUUCUACGGGGCACCCACGGCAAUCCGGCUGCUGUUCAAGUACGGGGACGAGUGGGUGAAGUCCUAUGACCGGACAUCACUGAAAAUACUGGGCUCAGUUGGCGAGCCCAUCAACGCGGAGGCGUGGGACUGGUACUACAGAGUGGUUGGGGACGAGAGGUGUCCUGUGGUGGAUACCUGGUGGCAGACAGAGACGGGAGGGAUCUGUAUCGCCCCUCGUCCCGCUGCAAAAGAUGCGGAGAUUGUGCCUGCCAUGGCAAUGAGGCCGUUCUUUGGAAUAAACCCUGUCCUCAUGGACGACCAGGGUAAGAGGCUAAUGGACAACAACACCUCUGGGCCUCUCUGCAUCGCCCAGCCGUGGCCAGGGAUGGCUCGGACUAUCCACAACGACCACGACAGAUUUGUGGACACGUAUUUCAAACCCUACCCCAACUACUUCUUCACGGGUGACGGAGCCUACAGGUCUGAGAAGGGCUAUUACCAGAUCACGGGCAGGCUCGACGACGUCAUCAAUAUCAGCGGGCACCGGCUUGGCACAGCCGAGAUCGAAGGCGCUGUGAACCAGCACCGCAUUGUGGCUGAAUCCGCGGCAAUUGGAUGCGCUCACGAGAUCAAGGGAGAAGCUUCCUACGUCUUCAUCAUCCUCAAGGAUGGGGUGGACAUGAGCGAGGACGUCAUCAGGCAGGAACUGAGAGUCAUCGUCUCGCAGAAGAUCGCAAAGUAUGCUGCUCCUGAUCACAUCCAGAUUGUGAAGCGGCUGCCCAAAACCCGGUCGGGCAAGAUAAUGCGGCGGGUCCUGAGGAAGAUCGUGGAGCGUAAGCUGGACGAGCUGGGAGAUCUGACCACCCUGGACGACCACACGGCCGUGCAGGAGAUAGUGGCCGGGCACCGGCAGAUGCUGAAGGAGGAAGCUGAGCAAUAGGGAGGAGGCAUCACGCUGCCGGCCCGUCAUUGAGAGGAACCAUUAAUUUUAGUAAAUGCACAUCCAGGUGCAGCAGAUCACGGCUCCUCUCCACCAAGGCUGGGAUCAAUGCUGUACAUACACUGGCUGCUAUUUGCCUUUCUGAAGGGGACCCGUUGAUUCCUACCAGGAGCACCUCAGGGGAAGAUCUCGGAUGUACCCGCACUGUCUGACUCUUGUACGCUUGUGAAACUGACUUAAGUGGUUCUAUAUUUGUCACGUAUGAAAUUAUUUUUGCAUAUAUUCACACAAGCGGGCAGAUUUGCACCAUUUUCCAAAGUUCAAAGUCCAGUGGCCCGCGCUCUCGAUGUAUUGGAGCGGUUCCCGUGAACCGACGUCCCUCUCCUCUCCUCUCCACGCCCGGCCAUCUUUGUGUCCCGGGGGCGCCCCCUGCAGCCGACCUUGAAGGCGCUCUGGAGGCAUUACCCCGGUUCACCCUCCCACCGGCACCUUGCUCCUCGUGCCCGACGCCUCCAGCCCCCUCACGGUUACGCCGACCGCCGAGCCUUUGGGCGGGAACUCGGUCACGCUGUCCAGCAAGCCUUCAGGCGGUUCCCCCAUCCCACCGCCCAACAAGCCUACAGCUUGUUCCCCAUCCCACCGCCCAACAAGCCUACAGCUUGUUCCCAUCCCACCGCCCAACAAGCCUUCAGGCGGUUUCCCCAUCCCGCCGCCCAACAAGCCUACGGGCGGUUUCCCCAUCCCACCGCCCCAACAAGCCUACAGCUUGUUCCCCAUCCCACCGCCCAACAAGCCUGCAGGCGGUUUCCCCAUCCCACCGCCCCAACAAGCCUACAGCUUGUUCCCCAUCCCACCGCCCAACAAGCCUACAGGCGGUUUCCCCAUCCCACCGCCCAACAAGCCUACAGCUUGUCCCACAGUCAGUGUCCAGGCAGCAUGUUGCUACACGAUUUCGUGCAGGUCUAAUCUUUCUCGUCUCGAAUCUGGAGCUGAUGUCACAAGUAUAAGUUUCAGGAGCAGAAUGAGGCCAUUCGGCCCGUCAAGUCUACUCCGGCAUUCAAUCAUGGCUCAUCUCCCUUUGGUCAUUCAACCCCAUUCAAUCAUGGGCUGAUCUAUCUCUCCCUCCUAUCCCCAUUCUCCUGCCUUCUCCCCGUAAUGUCCGACACCCGUACUAAUCAAGAAUGUAUCAAUAUAUUAUUAAAAUAACCAUUGAUUUGGCCACCACAGCCUUCUGUGGCAAUGAAUUCCCCAGCUUCACCACUGUCUGACUUAAGAAAUUCUUCCUCGUCUCCUUCCUAAAGGAGCGUCCUUUCAUUCUGAGGCUGUGACCUCUGGUCCUACACUCUCCUGCUAGUGGAAACUUUGCAGAUAAAGGGGAUAAUGAAGAUUUCCCCUGACAUACAUCUCCGAAUGUAAAUAGUCCAGACUUAACUACAAAGGGCUCUGUUUGCAUUUGUGGUGGUUCAGGAGGGGAGAAGCCAGAACAAUGCUUAGUUAAAGCAAAAGUACAACUUCCGUGUGGCAUAGAAUAAUCGGCACAAUGGAAAGAAGGACAAAAGACUUCCAUAAGUCAGAGGAGCACAAUUAGGCCAUUGGGCCCAUCGUGUCUACUCUGCCACUCAAUCAUGGCUGAUCUAUCUCUCCCUCGCAACCCCAUUCUCCUGCCUUCUCCCCAUAACCCCUGACACUCGUACUAAUCAAGAAUCUGCCAAUCUCUGCCUUAAAAAUAUCCACUGACUUAAGGGCCUGUCCCACUUUCACGACCUAAUUCACGACGUCUGCCGAGUUCGCCCUUGACUCAUACUCGCAGCAUGGUCGUCAAAAGGUCGUAGCAGGCCGUGAUGCUAGUCGCAGGUACUCGUGGCAUCAAGUAGGUCGGGGCGUUUCGCUAGCCUGAUGAAAAAUGUCCACGAGUAAAAAAGGUCGUGAAUUAGGUGGUGAAUGUGGGACAGGCCCUUUAACCCCACAGCCUAAUUAUGUGGCAAAGAAUUCCACUUGGUUUGUGGGGAGUUUUUAAAAAUAUAUUGUUCAAUAAUUGUUCUUCUGAACUAUCUUCUCAUUCAUUACACUAUGACUGUUUUAAAACCUACCUGAUCUGUACACUCCUCAUUAAUCCAAUUAUCUUGCCUCCAUUUGCUUAUUUGUCAUCUUUCAUUAAAUGAAAAAUGUCAGAAAUACUUAAAACAAGCCAGUGAGCGUCUGUGUGGAAAAAGUUCAUUUCAAGUCAGUGAUUCUACCGUUAAACUGGAUUUGUUUUGUAAAUUUGUUUUGUAAAUUUGUUUUGUCAUUUAAGUAAAUUUGACCUAAUAAC